UGCCAGCAAAUAACAAAGCCAAUCUAACUAUAGCCAAAAGUGCUACCUUGGCCUAUUAAAUUCCGAACUAGGCCUUUCCUGGCACAGAUUUUUGUUAUUUAAGAGUUAUUUUCAGAUUUACAAGAAUCACAAUUUGUAUGCAAUCCUGUUUAGUGAAUCAUUUUUGGUUAGCCAGGCCAUCAUUGCUAGGAGAAAAAAAUGCGUUCAAUUACGCAAGCAGUUAAUGAAAAAUACUCGGAUGACGAUGAAGACACUUCGGGAUCGGGCUUUAUUUUGUUUGUGCGAAAAUCGUCACCAAGAAAAAGGCUACCCAGUACCCUUAUUCUUGAUCAUUGUGAAAUUGAUUCUGUGGGGGAUGAACAGUCCUUGUGCUCAAUCCUCCAUGACGUAAAUGAGCUAGAUCUUGCUCAUAACCAGAUUUCUAAGUGGACUGAGAUAAAUAAGCUGAUCAGAUGCCUUCCUAAGCUAAGCUUUCUCAACUUAAGCUAUAAUAUGUUAGGAAGUGCAAAUGUAAAUACACCUCAGAUAUUACAUCCUUCACUGAAGAAACUGGUGUUAAAUCGUGUUGGGAUUCAGUGGAAUGUACUUGUUCCAUAUCUCAGUCUCAUACCAAAUUUGGAAGAGCUACAUCUAAGCUUUAACCAGAUUGAAAUUUCUGAUCAAAAGAAAGAAAAUGAAACAAAUGAAAUAUUUCCCAAAAUUAAAACUUUACACUUUGAUGGGAAUCGAGUCGAAAAUCGGGAUCACUUACGUUGGAUUUCAACAAAAUUUCCGUCACUGACUUCUCUGGUUUUGUGUGACUGCCCUCUAUGGACCUUACGAUGGACAUCUCUUGCAGCUCGAGAAGCACAAGGCAAAAAAAUGUCCGGAAGUUCUUUGGCAUCAUUAAGCAGUAGUACGGGGUCAUUAUCCACAUCUUUUUGUUCUGGAGACGGGAAGACCAGUACGUGUUGUGCCCCGUUCCUAGACCUUGAUUGCACGGAUCCAAUAGGAAAAGAAUCCACUGAUUUCGUCUUGUUCCCCUGCCUACGCUCUAUCAGUUUGAAUAACAGUAUGUUCGAUUGCUGGGAAGAAAUUGACCACAUUCGCAAUUGGCCAUCAUUGGCUGAACUGCGCAUGCAGUCUUGCCCCCUUUUUCAGAGAAUGACGGAACACGAGCGUCGUGAAAUGACAAUAGCGCGCUUACCUAAUUUACGCCGCUUGAACGGUGGCGGCGAUAUUAGCGCGAAGGAGCGUGAGGAAGCCGAACGAAACUUUCUGCGUCGAUUUCACGAUUCCGAAGUGAAACCCAAGAGGUAUCAAGAGUUGCUGGACAUGCAUGGACAUGUAGCCCCGUUUGCGAAAGUGAAAUUAGCUCCGCCGAAAAUAGCAAAUGUCUGGGUCAGAUAUGGAGAGCAGUCCUGGAAUGAAAAGAGUCUAUCUUUGUACAUGACUAUGAAAGAGUUGAGAGAAAAAUUUAGCUUUGAACUAGGCCUUCCCGCGUCGAAACUCCGGUUAUGGCAUAGUGAUCACCAACAACCGAUGCUCAUGCGCUUUUCUGCAAAACGAUUGUACAGUUACAACGUAAAAGACGGUGACGAAAUUUUGAUCGAUGAAAAACUAGGAUAACGCCAAACGAUCUGUUUUAAACGUUAGUUGGUUGUGUAUUAAGUUGUUUUUGAUAUGCUUAAGAAUCAUCGGUUUUUAGAAUUUUUUAGUACCUAGCUUCGCAAGGUGGUAAAGUUAAUGGGUUAGCUGAUGCCAAGUAUUUGAUACAACAGUGGUGAAGUGUUGCUGGUGAUAACACACAUCGAAGUUUAUUUCGUCGGAUUUUUGAAUUUGAAUUAUGCGCAACUCCCAAAAACAUAUAUUUACUCGUCGUUGGUAUAUAGUACGUAAAUAAAAAGACAGCGAUUUAA